CGUCGCUAGGCGACGUAGUCGCGCGCGCCGUCUGCGUCAUUUCCUGUGGAGAGCUCGCUGGUCCGUGCGAGCCGCUGCUCCAGCAUCUUAUGGGCAGAAGUAGUGCGGCGUGUGCGCGAUCUCCGGUACCGAACACACGGGAUAGGAAAGUUGUUCCCCGCGCACCCGAGGCUCUUUUACAUCACUGCAUCUCAGUAACAUCGGGACUGAAAUGAUCUGCAUUCCAACUUGGAGGUCUUGCACGAACUUGGUUUUAUUCUGGCACAGACUCUGAGAUGAUUCUAACAGGAUUUCUGUUUUCUUUUUUUUCUUUUUUUUUCACAUUUCCCUUUACAUCCAUCUUAUAUAAUGAACGUUAAGAAAAAGUAGAGUUUAUUGUGCUGCUAAAGUGCUUUAAAUACUCUAGGGAAAGUUGUGCGUAAAGGCACCUAUUGUCAAGUGAGUAACCUUUACAUUCACACAAAGUUACACGCUUCAGUUCGUGUAGAAAUAUGUGUGUGUAUUUAAGAUAUGUCAACGCAUAUGACUGCUUUAUUAUGCUACAUAAUUACGAGUAGGCGUUUUGACUGUUUUAAUGUUUUUUUUUUCCCCCGACUAAAUUUGCGACUAGGUCUUUUUAGAGUACCGCAAUUCAUUAUAGCGAUUAGAGAGCAGAUGUGUGAGAUGUGAGUGCUUUACUCGAUCUGGACACACUUAAGGAGAACCAUUAGAGAUUUUAAAUAAAUGAUACUUAAUAUAAAGCGAUCAGUUCCAGUUUUUGUCGGUGCCGGUGCCUAAUAUUGACUCAACUUGUUUACUAAAUAACCGCAUACUUACAGUUAAUCUCAUUUGGUGAUCAGAAUAUUCUUAGACUAUAUUGUGUUAUAAAUGAGUGAUAGAUCUCUUUAAUACUCGGUUCCAAGCUGUAAGGGGAAAGUGUUGAUCUAGGUUUUUUUUUGUUGCUGUUGAUAUAAUAUAUUACAAAACUGUUCAAAACACACUAAACAAAGAAGAAAUGAAGCGCAGUAUGACGGAUCACUGUAUAUGGAGGUCUCAGUGUGCUUGUGUUCCGCAUUGUGUCCGAAAUGGCAUCCUACUUCCUAUUCCCUACACACUGCAAAGUGCACUCUGGGUGCUUUGCAUCCAUUAAGCUAUACCGUUCGGACACUGAGCUUCUACAGAGCAUCGUGGGACUUUAGGACUGCGCCAGAUAUUUGCAACAGACAUGAAAAGUCUCACACUAGUGCACUAUAUAGUGAAUAGGUGGUUGCUUUAGACGCACGAGCGCACGCAAGCACGCGAUGAGCUCGGAGCUGGAGCGCGUGUCGCUCAAGUCGCGGGCGAACUCCAUGAGCUCGGGCGGUCGCUCUCUCUCCGUUAACGUCCAGCGGCUGCACGACUCUCUGCACGUGUUGCUCAGCGACACCGAACGCGAGCAGUUCGCCCACUGCCUAAGCGUGUACCACGCCAAGCGCAACGUCUACGACCUGGUGCAGACGCUUAAAGUAAUCCUCGACACGCCCGGCAAACGCCAACUUCUACCCAUGCUGCGCCUCGUGCUCCCCCGCGCAGACCAGCUGCUGUUCGACCAGUACACGUCCGAGGGCCUGUACUUGAAAACAGAACCGCCUACGUCUGCCGUGGACACGUACCGCCCCGGAGAAGUAAAUCACGCAGGCGGCGUUCCGAGCGCCCACGCGCGCGCGCCCUCAGUGCACUUCGCAGGCGCGGUGGAUUUCAGCACCGCGGCUGAAGGGACAGCGCACGACGAUACCCGUCACGUGACCCUGAAACGCACCAAGAGCCACGAGGGCCUCGGGUUCAGCAUCCGCGGCGGCGCAGAGCACGGAGUGGGGAUCUACGUGUCUCUGGUAGAACCGGGCUCCUCGGCGGAAAGAGAGGGACUCCGCGUGGGAGACCAGAUCAUUAGAGUCAAUGACGUGGUGUUUGACCGGGUCACCCAUGGAGAGGCAGUAAAGGUGCUGAAGGGAUGUAAGAAGCUUUGCUUAUCAGUGUGUUCUAUGGGGCGGAUCCCUGGAGGUUAUGUGACCAAUCAUGUGUACACGUGGGUGGACCCUCUGGGCAGAAGCAUCUCUCCGCCCCCUGACCUGCUGGAGCAGCAUACUCCAGGCGGACGACACUUUAACAGCCAGCGACGUGGACACGCCCCACCACUGGGGGCGGAGAGAAGGGUCACUGUAUCCUUGGACGACGGACGUCCGCUGGGGCUGAUGAUACGUGGAGGAGCGGAAUAUUCCCUCGGCAUUUAUAUAGCCGGAGUGGACAACGGAUCAGCAGCGGAGUGUGGAGGUUUAAAGGUUGGAGAUCAGAUUCUGGAGGUGAACGGGCUGAGUUUCCGCAGCAUUGCCCACGAUGAGGCUGUGCAGAUCCUCAAGAGCUCGCGCCACAUGCUGAUGACCGUAAAGGACGUCGGACGACUUCCUCAUGCUCGCACCGUAGUGGACGAGACCAAGUGGAUCUCAAGCCUGCAAAUCGCAGAGAGCUCGGCCAGCGCUGCCCUGAGUGUGUCAGGAGAUGCUGGUGCAGGAAGCGCAGGAAAGGCCCUGAUGUCUCCGGCUCUGGCCCCGGGACUUAUGGGGGCUCGGAGUUCUUUGGAUGAGCAGGCCUAUCUGCUGCUGACUGAGGCAGAGCGACAGACCAUGACCUACUACAUCCAGGAGUACCAGAGUGGCCACAUCGGUGUAGAGCCUCUCGCCAUGGCCCUGUUCGAGCUCUUCAACACACACGCCAAGCUUACCUUGCUGGCAGAGGUGCGUGCUCUUAUUGCUCCUCAGGAUCUGGAGCGUUUUGAUGGUCAGGUCGUUCACCAUGAGAUGGAGGCGUGGAGGAUGAGACAUGGAGGCCUGAGUCUGCUGCAUCACACCAAGCCCAUCUGUAGCCCUCAUCCUGAGAGUCAUGUCCUCCCCACCUGCCAGCUGGCUGCUUCAGCAAUGGGCUAUGCUAAGAAUGAGUGCAGGAUGGAUGGAAGCGUGGAGGCAGGACCUGCGGGGGCUUUUAACUCCCUACCGGAAAUAGCUUUGGAUGAAGUGCAAUCUCGUAUCGAGUCUCCACCUAAUUUCAGACCCCCACCUCCGCCUGGACACGGAAGUCCGAAGAUCCAGCUCAAACGCCCCACGUCUAAACUGUGCCAAACCAGCCUGCUCUUUACACCCCCCUGCAGGAUGCACCAGGAAAAUCACGCUCUUAACCACACCGACCCGCACAUCCGCCCAUCCUGCUCAGCUCACACUUCCCCAUGCACUGUCCACCACAGCUCCUCCCCCUGUGUCUCCCAUCGCUCUCCUCCUCCCUGCUCCCUCCAUCGCUGCUCUCCAUGUUCCCUGCACCGUUCCGGACCCUCAACUGCAUCUCCAGGCAAAGACCUCGUCCAGUUUCUGAUGAGCAAGCAGGUAGCCGUGUUGCCACCACAUCCGGAAUCUGCAGGCCGCUCGCGAGCUGCCACCCCGACCCCCAGUGGCUCUGCUCGUUCUUCUCCGUCCCUCUCGCCCUCGCUGCGUAUACCUGCACCACCACCAUGCAGCCCGGAAAAACCAGAGGUCACCAUUUCAGCACCUGAUAUGAGCCCCAGCAUGAGUCAUCGCCUCAGACUCAACCCCGAGGAGGAGACCGCAGACGAGAAGUUGCGGAUCCAACCACGAGGAGCUACACUAUCCCAGCUCUCAGACAGUGGACAGACCCUGAGUGAGGACAGUGGCGUGGACAUAGCAGAGGCAGGGGGAAUGUGUAAGGACAGCAGUCCUCGUCCUAGUAAAGCUGGAUCCCAGAAUGCGUCAGGAGAGCCGCAGGGGGCAGAGAGAGCACCUAAUCACCAGUCGGUGCAGUCUCGGCCUACGUUGGUACGGGUGUCCAAGAGUACUAAUACGCUUGGGAUCGCUGUGGAAGGUGGCGCUAACACUAGACAGCCUCUUCCACGCAUUGCGACUAUACAGAAAGGGGGCUCGGCUCAUCUAUGUGGGCAGUUGCGGGUAGGCCAGGUGAUCCUGGAGGUUAACGGCAUGUCUCUCAAAGGCAUGGAGCAUCGAGAUGCUGCACGUGUCAUUGCCGAGGCCUUUAAGACCAAAGAAAAGGACUACAUUGACUUCCUGAUCGCCGACUUUAAUGUUGCUCUAUAAAAGGUGACAGAAACAUUACAUAAAGAGAAGCAGACAUUGCACCUUAAUGAACUUGGACACAGGCGGACAGCAAGGACAUAUAAAGGAGGAUUUGGCCAAGCUGGAGUCCCACAUGUGAGAAAUGUUCUUCAUCUUACCCAAUCACAUUGCCUGCUUAUUAACCAGACUUUAUUCAGGGUCACAGAAAUGAGGUCCUGCUUUGCUUUCAUUCUGUAUUUGUGUCCCACCAGGCAUCCGGGAUUUGUGCAUGUUUAUGAGGUAGGAUAUGAUAAUGAGACAAGUGCUGAGGUUUCAGGUUGAUUAUUAAAAUCCAUCUCGUGAAGCAGCAGGAAAAUGAAAGCUCGAAAUGACUUGUCUCUGCCCCAUGCUCAAGGACAUCCCAGCGCAGGCCAGAGAUAGAUGGAGAGAGCUAAUGGAUAGUGCUUAAAAUCCACUUUGUCUGAGUAUGAGCAAUAUGGGUGGCUGGUGGCUUGCCCUCAUUUCGCUCUCUGUCCCAUAUUUUAAAUAAUGAUGGGGAGUUUAUAGCACUUUGGAUGCUGCUGUCUGUUUGGCAAAACAAAGCUAGGCUUAAGAAAAGCUGAAGAAGACUGUUAGAUCGAAAAUCAUUUCUCAUGCAGCUCCAGCAACUAAUCUGAUGCCCAAAUCACACAUCAUGACCUAAUACUCAGAAGUGAUUCAUUUGUCCUGCUCUAGAUACAUAAAAGGAGCAUUUUGUCAACAUCAUCAGACCUUUAUCUUUCGACCAUGCGGUAAGAAUACAUAUGAUGAGUUGCAGGUUAUAAGAAAUCCUGCCUGCACAGGGGGCGGAGCUUAUUUCUGGUCCAGAUAUAGCUCUGAAAUAAAGAACUUUCUAGAUCUAUUGCAUACAAAACUGGGGAAACAGCAUCAGAAGGGUGUGUGAUGUGUGAAAUAGUGCCAAAGAUAUUGAUGCACAGUGAUGCUACUAAUCAACAUAUCUGGUCUUGAUGAUGAAUGUUCCCAGGCUAGCCCUUGUGUCCAGUGAGGACUGUGUAGAGACAGGCUAGCCCACUGGGUACAGGAUUUCCCCAUUUAUAUUAACCAGAGUUUAAUAUUACUUCAUCACAACUCAUAGUGGUGAGUUUGAGUGAUUCUCAUCCUCAACAGAGAACAGUGUCCUAGUGCGUAGCAGCACUAUGGCCAAUAUUUCUGAGUGCUGUGUGUUAAUCUGGGAGAUUAUCUGGGAGGUGCACUAUCAGGAUAUGUUUUCAAGCAACAUAAGAAACCUUAUUCCUAUAAGAAACCAUGUUCUGAGACUUAGUGGAGAACAAUAAGGCUAGUAUAGUUUGGCGAGCUGGUGAAUGGGACAUAAUGGGGACAUUUUAUAGCCUUUGGUCAUGAGGUAACAACUUCAGUAAGAAAACAAGCCAACUGCAAAACAGUAAAAAGCCCUGGCGGUGCUCUAUUAGCUUGUAUACAUCUUCCAUUUUAAUUUCCAAAUAAUAUUUUUGGCAGUGCAUAGAUAUCAGGCAAACAUAUGGGCUGUUCAUUCACCAGAAAAGAGUGAUCAUAAGAGAAAACAUUUUUAGUGUGAUUCUCCUCUUACCCUUAUCUAGUCUGUGCUCUUGUUUAUCUCUAACAAUCAUUGAUUAGCCUCAAAGGCUUUGCCAUGCUGCUCAGAAUAAUGACAAGAUCUAUUUUUAGAACGAUUUGUGACGAGAUGAUUAUUUAGAAGGAUGUUUAGGAUAUAGAUGUUUAUAUCAAUAUUUUUGACAUCAGAUAUAUAAUUCUCUUAGAAUAAUGAUAUAAUUUUGUUGAUAUAAAUGCAUGUCACAUCCCCCAAAUAGCCCUAUAUAAACAUGCAGAACAUUAUUGAAGCUUUCCCUCUCUCUCUCUCUCUCUCUCUCUCUCUAUCAGAUUUAAUGACCUUAAUCAUGUCUUUUGUAUUUACAGGGUUGAUAUCAUGGGUGUUAUGAUAUCCUUAUUCAAUAGCUUUACCGGAACAAUGUUCCUGGUUCAUGGGUGUAAUUAAAACAUUAUCUAAUAGAGUAGAAUUGUCUCAUCAGGCACACUGUGCAAUCUGUUAACUAGAUGAUCUCAUGUUUCUUUUUUUUUUUUUUUUUUUGCAAUGUUUGACUCAAACUUUGACUCAAGAAGGUGAGUAAAUAGUUAAUUCAGUGCACAGCGCUGUUUGUGGGAUGUAGGUGAUAUUCUAACCGGUUUGGCUUUCAGAAUAUUAGGCUUUAGUUUCCGAUCUGGCAACGCAGUAAUAAGUGUGCAGUUAGAUUCAAUAUUCUACCGUUGCUUGAAAUGUUCAUGAAUUAUGGCACUUUGCAAACAUGAAUUAAAGGAUUUAAUACCUAAUCAACUGAGGUUUA